AUGUCGAGCGCUUCCGGCAGCACCGAUCCGUGCAAUGGGCCUGCUGCAGACAAUGAACAUGCUCAGCAGCAGGCCGCGCCACAGCCCUCGCAGCGACCGCAGCAGCAGGGCCCGCAUCCUGGCGAGCUCGCGGCCGCGGCCGCAGACGCCGCCCAGGAGGAGCCCGGCGGCGCCCCUGAGACGGCGGCGGCAGGCGCGGUGGACGGCGGAAGCGACUACGCCGCUCCAGAUGUUGAGGGCGUCUCCGCGCCAGACAUCGAGGCCCUGGUCGCUGACCUGGCGCGCCGCCUGGAGUUGGGGGAGCCGGUCGACCCAGGGGUGUUGCAGUUGCUGCAGGAUGCAGGUGUGAUUCGCAUCAGGCGGCGAGAGGCCACGUCGGCGCGGCGACCGCCAGUGCUUGAGCCGCUGACCCUGGAGGGCGUUGCGGCCCACAUCAAGGCCGGCAGGGCGAAGCGCAUCAUAAUCAUGGUGUUGGGGGAGGGGCUGCGUGUGCUCCUGCUGAUGCUGCUGCUGCUGCUGCCGCUGCUGCUGCUGCUGCUGCCGCUGCUGCUGCCGCUGCUGCUGCUGGCCGGCCGCACGUUUGCCCACUGCGUGAGCGUGUCAGCCGGCAUCCCGGACUUCCGCACCCCGGGCACGGGCCUGUACUCGCAGCUGGACCGCCUCAACCUGCCGACACCAGAGGCCGUGUUUGAGAUGAACUACUUCCGUCGCAACCCCAAGCCUUUCCACAUUUUGGCAAAGGAGCUGUUCCCGGGGAACUUCGCGCCGACGCCUGCCCACGUGUUCAUGAAGCUUCUGCUGGACAAGGGCCUGCUGCUGCGCGUGUACACCCAGAACAUCGACAGCCUCGAGCACCAAGCUGGGCUGCCCUGCGACAGGGUGGUUGCGGCGCAUGGGAACUUUGACACGGCGCACUGCAUCAAGUGCGGCAGGCAGCACUCGGUGGACUACGUGAAAGAGGCGGUGUUUGCAGACAAGAUCUGCCACUGCUCCUCCUGCGGGGGCCUGGUCAAGCCGGACAUAGUGUUCUUCGGGGAGAGCCUGCCUGACAGGUUUUAUGACAUGGCUGAGGUGGACUUCCCCAGGGCAGACCUGCUGAUAGUUCUGGGCACCAGCCUGGUGGUGCACCCCUUCGCGUCGCUCAUAGGCUGCGUGGGCGGUUCCGUGCCGCGGCUGCUCAUCAACCGGGAGCGCGUCGGGGAAGACGAGCCGUACCAGAUCCUGCAAGGGGUCAAAAGCGGUGGCGGGUUUGACUUUGACGCCGGGUACCGCGACGUUCUGCACCUGGGGGACUGCGACGACGGCUGCAGGCGGCUGGCGGCUCUGCUGGGGUGGGGCGACGAGCUGGAGGCAAUGGUGCAGGCCGCAGGCUGCGGCGCCCCCGGCGGGUCCGGCGGCGCGGCGAGGGUCGCGGCGGGCAUUGCAAAAGGGGUGGAGCGGAGCGAAGCGGCGGGGGAGGCCGGCUCGGCGGUGGCGGGCGAGGGCGACGACCGAGGGGGGGUUGACGGGCAGGCGCCCCCACCCGACGCAACGGCCGAGAUCGACGCUGCAGAGGACGAUGGUGCCAAGCUGUAA